AUGGGCUAUGUGUACAGAAGAUGGUGGUACUUCCAGCUGAGCAGCAUACUGAUGAUGAACCUGGUCGCUGCCAAUUUUGAAAUCCAAAAGCAAGCUCUUGCAAGUAUCAGUUCAGGGAAUCUGGAAGAAAUUGACCAUGAAUGUUGGGAGUUUUGCUCCAUGAUGUUGAUAGAAAUGAAGAAACUGAAGGUAGCAAAUACCGUGGCUGGAUUCUGGAACUUUAUGAUGUUCUUGCAGAAAUCCAACAGGCCCCGUCAUUAUAAUAUCUUCAUCAACUUAGCCCAGGAUUUCUGGAGCAUGUAUGUAGACUGUGCACUGUCAAGAGCUCAUGGAAUGGGAAGAAGACAACUGACAAGCCCCAAAGUUUAUUUCAACAUUUCCACGAAAGACAGCAAGAAGAUUGGAUCUUACAAAACAUUGGUUCUAGGAGCAUGGGGAAGAAGACUAUUAAAACAUCAAACAGGGUGACAUCCAAAGCCAGAUGACAACCGGCUUCCUACUAGGGAAAUCUGAGCUGUCCAUGUUACUCAGGAUCUUUUCAUGAAACCUCAUUUUUUGACAGUAUUAAUAUAUGAAAAAUUAUGGAUUUCCAUCCUCACCCCCCCUUUUCAAAUAAGUCACAACUACUUUUUUUUAAACUUCUUUGGUAGAUUUAGCUCUUUGAAUUUAAUAUCUGCAUUCUCUCAGGUAACUUAUUAAUGUUAAGGAUAUUUUUGUCGUGGCCUUCUUUUAAAUGGCACCUUUUUGUUGGAUAGAGAACCUUAACUGCAAUGGAAGAUUGAUGUAUUUUUAUACAUUUACCAAUGAGGCAAAAUGGCAGCCAUUCCUUUAUAUAAUAUUUUGGGUUUGAAUAUUUAUUUUAAAAGGAAGGCCAGGAUUCAAUUUUAAAAAAGGAUGUUUAAGCUUGGUGCAGUUUAAAUUUUA